CCACUUUUUUGGUCUCCUUUCUUUUCAUAACGAUUAGAUUCCCUCUUUUAUCUUUUUGCUCGAUGCAUUUGUGGCUAUAUUUAGCGUGAUAUUAACUAAAAACUUUUUGUUGAAAUACUUAAAAUCUGGUUCAAUGAAAUGGAAGUAAAACAAGAAUUUAGUGAGGAUACCUGUAAAGUAGAAAUAUGUUCUAAUAAGGUGGAUGAGGCACUUUUAGAUAACUUUAAAAGUGAAAUUAAACUGGACUACAAUAGAGAAGGUACUCAUGAUUCAUUAUCAUUUGAUGAUUUAGACAUAAAUGAAUUCUCAUUAAAGAGUGAAAUAGAACUAGAAGAUGAAAGUAAACUUACGCUAUUUGAAGAAAAACAAACAAAUAAAAUGGGAUUACUCCAAGAGAAAGAUACUGUUGAAAUUAUGAACAGACCUAUGAGUCAACCUAAGACAAGUAAUUUGAAACAUUUGAAAUUGAACACUGAAGAAAAAUCAUACAAGUGCGAAAUUUGUUGUAAGUUGUUUUCUAAGUCCCGUAAUUUGAAACGACAUACGAGAUUGCACACUGGAGAAAAAUCAUACAAGUGCCAAAUUUGUUUUAAGCCGUUUUCGCAGUCCAGUAAUUUGAAACGACAUUUGAGAUUGCACACUGGAGAAAAAUCAUACAAGUGCCAAAUUUGUUUUAAGUCGUUUUCUCAUUCCAGUACUUUGAAACGACAUACGAGAUUGCACACAGGAGAAAAACCAUACAAGUGCAACAUUUGUUUUCAAUCGUUUUCUUUGUCCAGUACUUUGAAAGAACAUAUGAAAUUGCAUACUGGAGAAAAACCAUACAAGUGCGAAAUUUGUUGUAAGCCGUUUUCUCGGUACAGUGUUUUGAAAGAACAUAUGCAAUUGCACACUGGAGAAAAACCAUACAAGUGCAACAUUUGUUUUCAAUCGUUUUCUUGGUCCACUACUUUGAAAGAACAUAUGCAAUUGCAUACUGGAGAAAAACAAUACAAGUGCGAAAUUUGUUUUAAGCCGUUUUCCUCGGUCCAGUGCUUUGAAACAACAUAUGAGAUUGCACACUGGAGAAAAACCAUACAAGUGCGAAAUUUGUUUUAAGUCGUUUUCUCAUUCCAGAACUUUGAAACGACAUACCAGAUUGCACACUGGAGAAACACCGUACAAGUGUGAAGUUUGUUUUAAGUCGUUUUGUCAAGUAAGAAGUAUGAAAAUACAUAUGAAAUUGCAUACCGAAGAAAGACCAUAGAAUGCGAAAUUUUCUUACUCCAGUUCGUCGAAACAACAUACGAGGUUGCAAUCAUACAAGUGCGAAAUUUAUUUUGACAGUUUGUUUAAUUAUUUUAAAAGGGGAAAAUGGUGACCUCCAGGCCAGGAAUGGGGGUUAGGCAUCCCUGCCGUACUCCUCUUUUAAUAUUGAGAGCCUGUGAUUCCACACCAUCUACUAAAACUGAUGUUGUUUGAUUCCAAUAUAAAUUUGCAAUUAUUCGAACAUCUCUGCCGUCCAAGCCAAUGUCUUUUAUAGAGUUUCGAUCAAUAUUAAAAUUAAAUUAAAUUAAAUUCUU